AUGGUGAGAAGUAACAAAGGUCGUCAAAAGAUAGAGAUGAAAAAAAUAAAAAACGAGAGCAACCUUCAGGUGACUUUCUCCAAAAGAAGGUUUGGUCUCUUCAAGAAAGCCAGUGAGCUUUGCACAUUGUGUGGUGCAGAGAUUUUGAUGAUUGUGUUCUCUCCCGGUGGGAAAGCGUUUUCUUUUGGCCAUCCUGGUGUUAAAGAACUAAUUCAUCGUUUUCUAAACGUUAACCACAAUUCUCUCAUUCCUCACCAACCAAACUACAAUCUACAGCUUGCUGAAUCUUGUCUGGAUAGAAAUAUACAAUAUCUCAACGAGAUGCUCACUCAGGUGCUGGCCAGACAGGAGAAGGCGAAACAUAAUAGAAUGGCAUUGGACAUGGUGAGACAAUCCAGAGAAGAAAGAGGAAAAAGUUGGUAUGAAAAAGAUGUGAAAGAACUCGACCUGAAUGAAACCGACAAUCUGAUAUGUGCUCUUCAAGAUGUGAAGAAGAAGGUUGUAAGUGAGAUGUCUGAUUAUCCUCAAUUGAAUGUUUCUCAUCAGAGUUACAUGGGAGAAACUUUUGUCUUUGGUGGUGGUCGUAAUGUUGAUGUUGGCGGCAUUGAUCUGUUUGAUCAAAGAGUGAAUACAUUCAGCUAUAAUCCAGUAAUGGAUUUUCCUUACCAGACACCAUUUUUUGGAUACAACAAUGAUGGAGUUAUCGUUCCGGGAUACAACAUGAACUACAUGUCAAGUCACAACUUCAACGGGAGAUACUAG